CCGAGGUCUUUCCCUUCUUCCUUUUUUGAAUACUCGUAGUCUGAGAUUCAUAUCUGUACAAAAGAGCUCUCAACUACCUGACGUAACUUGCCUACUGCAUCUCUCUAACCCAGCCUUGCUUUGUCCUUUCCCUUUUUCUCUUCUCCUUGACACCCUAAAUUUCCUUCGAGUCACCAAAAAAAAACAAUGGCCGAGACGGAUCCAGGAUUCAUCGCAGCUGUAGAAGAAGCUCGACAGGGUUUCAAUGAAGGUGGUGUACCAAUUGGAGCGUGUCUAGUCUCCAAGGACGGCAAAAUUCUUGGUAGAGGACACAACAUGAGAGUUCAAAAGGGUAGUGCUACUUUACACGGCGAGAUCUCUGCUUUGGAAAAUUCGGGAAGACUACCGGCUUCCGCUUACGCCGGCGCGACCAUGUACACGACCUUGUCCCCCUGCGACAUGUGUACGGGUGCUUGCAUCAUGUACAAGGUUGCCCGGGUGGUGAUCGGGGAGAACAGGAGCUUCGUGGGCGGGGAAGAAUACCUCAAACAACGAGGCGUCGAGGUCGUGGUGCUCGAGAAUCAAGAGUGCAUGGGGUUGAUGAAGAAGUUUAUGGAGGAGAAACCUCAAGUAUGGAACGAAGAUAUAGGGGAACAAUAAUCAUACUGAUUUCA